AUGCUUUUCGACAGCGAUGACGAUAGCCUUCCAGAGGUGCCGACCAUCAGGUCAAGCUCCCACACACCGCUGCUGACAUCGACUGCUCAGGCACAGCGACUAGAACAGCUGGAAGCAGAGUAUCGCGCUACGCGGACGGAGACCUCUGCGGGGCGUCAGAGAGCUGCACGCCGCCGCCGUUCCUCGCGGCCGUUGUCGCCGUGGAAGCCGAUGGAGGCGGCGUCACACAUGUGGGAGGAGUGCGACGAGGCCGCUUUUUACGAGCUGCGUUUGCUUGUUCCGCAUCUGUCGCCGAAGUUUACCUGCUCAUACAGCGACACCGUAUUGUUGAUUGCCGCCAUUCAGAGCGGCGGUGCAGCCUCGGGCAACCGCCACACGCUCGCAGACAAGUGUCAGUCACUUGAGGCAGACCGCCGCCAGCUGGAGCAGCGGCUGGAGAAAUUUCGCGCUCAGUGCGAGGAUCUCAAGAGUGAGGUGGCUGAGGUGAAACAGAAGCUGAAGGCAGUGCAGGAGGAGUCGAAGAGCAGUGUCAGCGCACUGGCGCAGCGACGCGAGGAGAUGCGCAAACAACUUCUGCUGGAGGAGACGCGGGUGGAGAAACUGACGGUGCGCAACAAAAAGCUCGUCAUGGAAAAUGACUUCCUCAAGGAGCGUGUGCAGGGAAAGCCCCGCUGA